AUGAAUAACAUCCGUCAAGUCCAGGCGCUCAAUAAGCGCGAGCUGGAAAAUGCCAUAUCUCCAGAAGCUUCCUGGCAUGCAGAUUACAGAGACACCGCUUACAUCUACAUCGGUGGACUGCCGUUCGACCUUUCCGAGGGUGACAUUGUAACCAUCUUUUCGCAAUACGGCGAGCCGGUCCACAUCAACCUGAUGCGCGACAAAGAGACUGGCAAGAGUAGAGGAUUCGCCUUCUUAAAGUACGAAGAUCAGCGCAGUACGGAUCUUGCUGUCGACAAUCUUGGCGGGGCAACAGUCCUGGGGAGGGUGCUACGCGUGGACCACACGAGAUACAAGCGCCGCGACGAGGAAGAGGAAACGGACAAUGUCGCAAGGCUUAUGGGUGACACGACCGGCAAGGACCAUGAUGACAGGGACACGGAUGAUGAGCGAAGAAAACGGAGGAAGAGAAGGACAAGUGAGGGCGAGCCCCCAAGGCGGCCUUUGCUCAAGGAGGAGAUCGAGCUUGAGAAGCUGAUCAAGAACCACGACGAGGAAGAUCCCAUGAAGGAGUUUCUCAUCGAGGAGAAGAAAGAGGAGGUAGCGCGGGCCUUGGAGAAGGUGCGCAGCAGCGAAAAGUCCUCACGGAGACGAGACAGCCGCGAGAGAUCAAGCCGCCAUCACCGGUCUCACCGUCGACGACACGACGAUGACCGCGAUUCGGAGAGAAGACGCCGGGAUCACCGCUCGCCUAGGAGAGAAGACCGAUCAUCUAGAGCUAGGUCUCCAUCUAGAAGGGAAAGGUCCAGCAGAGACAGGACGCCGGUCGCAUCGCGAUCCCCCGAAUCACGAAGACACCGCGAUAGACACGAUCGGCAA